GUAAAUGUGAACUGAAGCUCUUGGGGUUUGAACAUGGUCUCUGGAGACGGAGCUGCUCUAUUCUGAGAUCAUCAGAAUCACUAAAGCUGUAAAUGCAAAUCUGACUUUCAGCUCAAACUCACAGUUUCUCUGUUUGAUCGGUUAAACGCUCUGAACUGAAAGAGUUUCACUUCACUUGUGGUAGUUUACAAGACUUAUACAACUGCUCUGAGACUUAAGUGAGGAUCCAAAGGAAGUAUUUGUCGCACUGUGUGUACUUACUGUUGUACUUAUAUAGACAAUGAAUUGAUCAACAGCUGAUUGAAAUCAUUGAUGAGUCUGGGCAAAGGAUUAUGGGGAAUGGAGUCUGGGAGGAAAAGUUCCUGUGCCACUCUCUCCUGCUGCCUCACACCGUCAACAUCCAGAUUCCUCACCUUCUCUCUACCACCGUCUAGACUUCUCAACGCUACACCAUCCCUUCGGAGUGUCGCUGUCUCAUCGUCAUUGUUUGUUUAUGUACCAUCGCCAUAUCUUCUCAUUAAAAUCUUAAACUCGCUAUUGUUUCCAGACUGUCCUUUCAACAGCCGUUACAGAACAAUCUCACCCAUCAUGGAAGCAGCGAGCACCAAUACCCUCACCGACUUCAUGUUCCACAGUGUCAAAAGAAUGUAUCAGCAGCAGGAGAGUAUCUCGAACACCGUACGCACUGUCCAAGCGCUGGUGGCACAGGUGUCCGAGCUCACCCAGCAAAUCCAUCAGCUCACGUCUCCCACUGCGCCCAUCGCACCGCCUGCGCCGCCCGUUCCCCCGGGGAUUCCCCAGGACCACUUCCGGCCAGAGCCACGACUUCCGGCGCCGGAGAACUAUGCGGGUGAGCCAACCUUUUGUAGAACAUUUCUUAACAAAUGCUCGAUGCAUUUUGCUCUGCAGCCACGCACUUUCGCUACGGAGGAAUCCAAAGUAGCGUUCACGCUCACACUUCUCUCUGGCAAGUCUGCCUUAUGGGGAACGGCGGUGUGGGAGAAUCAACACCCGUGUUGUGCCUUGUUCCACCUCCUAUCGGAUGAGAUGAAGAGAGUCUUCAACCAGGCCACGACCGGCAUCGCCUCUUGGAACUCUGGCAAGGACCUUCAUCUGAUGGUCGUUAUCCGACCAUGUUCAGCAGGAGAUCUACCUCCUCGAGCUGCCCCCUACUCUCAACGAACUCAUUGACCUGGCGUUGCAGGUGGAGGCAAGGUUUAAUUGUCUGGGCCGCCAACACAGUCCUUCCAGGCUUCCCUUCUCUCCUGGUAGGGGGCGCUUGAGUCGAGAGAACAUGGUCGGUUCUGUCGACGAUCACAUGCUCAUGCAGGUGGGUAGAGCUCGGCUGUCCCGGAGGGAGAGGGAACGGCGGAGGUCCCAAGGACUAUGUUUAUACUGCGGAGGCUCUGACCAUAACAACUACUCUUGUCCGGUAAAAGAGUCAGCCCGAUAGUAAAUCUGAGGCUACUAUCAGGUGGGAUCUCUGCUGAGAAGUCCUCACCUCCAUCAUCGACCCUCCUUCCGGUGAGACUGCGGUGGAAGAAUCAACAUCAUGAAUGUCAAGCCCUUCUGGACUCCGGAGCCGAAGGUAAUUUCAUUGAUUCUUCACUUGCACAUCACCUGAACAUUC